UCCUCCUGCCUGGGACUAAGGCGCCUCCUCCUUCCCCCGGUGGAUGCCUCCGGGAAGCGGGCGGAGCGCGCAGCCGGGGAGGGGGGCUGCCGCUGCCGCCGCCGGAGUACAUGCCAGUGCCCUCUCCUCCUCCUCCUUCUCCUCCUCCUCCUCCGCCACCACCUCCUCCUGCUGCUGCUCUUCUCACCAGAAUGCUUUACUUCCAGAUGGUGAUCAUGGCAGGGACUGUGAUGCUGGCUUAUUACUUCGAGUACACCGACACCUUCUCGGUCAACGUGCAGGGCUUCUUCUGCUACGAGAGCGCCUAUCGCAAGCCUUACCCGGGCCCGGAGGAGAGCAGCGCGGUGCCCCCCGUGCUCCUCUACUCGCUGGCGGCGGGGGUGCCCGUGCUGGUGAUCAUCGUUGGAGAAACUGCAGUGUUUUGCUUACAGAUGGCCACACGGGAUUUUGAAAACCAAGAAAAAACAAUAUUAACCGGAGACUGUUGCUAUAUAAACCCACUGGUGCGCAGGACUGUCAGAUUUCUUGGUAUUUAUGCAUUUGGACUUUUUGCAACGGAUAUCUUUGUAAAUGCCGGACAAGUGGUGACUGGGAAUCUUGCGCCACAUUUUAUUGCACUUUGCAAACCCAACUACACCGCUCUUGGAUGCCAGCAAUUUACGCAGUUCAUCAGUGGUGCAGAGGCUUGCUCUGGAAACUCAGAUCUUAUCAUGAAAGCCAGAAAAACAUUUCCUUCCAAAGAGGCAGCUCUGAGUGUAUAUGCAGCGACAUAUUUGGCCAUGUAUAUCACCAACACGAUAAAGGCCAGAGGAACAAGACUGGCAAAACCAGUCCUUUGCUUGAGUUUAAUGUGCAUGGCAUUUCUUACUGGUAUCAACAGAGUAGCAGAAUAUCGAAAUCAUUGGUCAGACGUGAUAGCAGGAUUUCUAGUUGGCAUUUCUAUAGCAGUGUUUCUGGUUGUGUGUGUGGUAAAUAAUUUUAGAGGUAGACAACCAGAACAUGAACAUUCUCACAUGGACAAUCUGGCUCAAAUGCCUAUGAUCAGCCUCCCUCGAGUAGAGAGUCCUUUAGAAAAGAACCACAUCACGGCCUUUGCAGAAGUCACAUGAUGUUGAGACGGAUGUCUAUUCGCUGCACUGGACGUCAUCCCUUUUCACAGUUCACUCAUAAUAACUGACAUGUUUUCCAGCAGAGGAGAAAAUAAAACUUUUGUCUGGUUUUA